AUGAAAUCGCGAUUGCAGAUGAACAUAACGGUAGUUGAACUUGAACCGACAAUGGUUGAAAUUGCUCGCAAAUAUUUUGGUUUGAAGGAAGAUGAGACACAGCGAGUUGUCGUUAUGGACGGUUUAGAAUAUUUACAGGACUCUUCAAGAAAAGGCUCGUCUUCAGAAUACGAGUAUCUGUUUGUGCGGAAAGUUAUCGGAACCCACAUUAUUAGGGGGCAGGAAAUGAAAAUGCGAUUAAUUUCAGGGAUCAAAUACGAUGCAAUUUACAUCGAUGCAUGUCCAACUAGAUUUCCCUUCGAAGUUGAAGUGAUGUGUCCAAUACCCAUAUUCCUGAAUGAGACCAACAUACAAACAAUUCGAUCAGCGUUACUUGAUACGGGUUUGUUGAACAUUCGAAUAUUCUUAUCUGUGGAUUCGUAA